AAUCCUGCAGCACAUGUAGAGUCUGUCUGGAAGUUGUUGCAAAGGACAUGUCGAGCCAGCGCUGCACAGUAAAGACAAUGGAGUGCACAGUCAAACAGCCAGAUGCAAAGUAACCGAGACCAAACUGAGCCAAAUGAAAGAUGGGGCGUUUUAUGGCUGCUUUCCUACUUUUCCUGGUGACUUCCACAGGACAAGUUUAUGGAGUAUCGUUUUAUGGCGAUGGCUCCAUCCACCUGCGAACAGUUGAGGCGUCCGUUCAGACCAUUGUCCAUGUGCGAUUUCGAACAUUAAGUCAAGCCGGGCUGCUGUUUCUGGCUGCAGGACGCAGGGACUUUCUGCUGCUGGAGCUGAUCUCUGGACGCCUGCAGGUUCGUUUGGAUUUGGGGUCUGGCGAGCGUGUGAUGCGCUCCGAACACGGCGUCCAUCUUAGUGACCUGGCAUGGCACUCUGUGGAGCUGACCCACAACCGCCACAAUGUCACCAUUACUGUGGAUCGAAACUCCCACACCAGCAUCCAUAUACCGGGUCCGGAUCUGGAGCUCAGCGUCGACGACGGGCUCUUUGUGGGCGGGACCGCUGGCUUCAACCACCCCUACCUUCAGAGCAACUCCACGGGGUUUAGAGGUUGUAUGGAUGAAGUGGUGUUCAAUGAGCAUAACUUGCUGUCCAACCUCAGGGCGUACUCCGGUUAUAAGAGCGUCCAUGAAGUAACUAUGGGAUGCAGCCUUCAGUUUUCAGCAACAGAAGAAGAUCCAGUUAGUUUUUUUAGCUCCAAAGCUUUCAUGUCUCUCCCGGUGUGGGAGGUGCCACAAGAGGGGGUGUUUGAAUGCGAACUCCAACCCUCUACGAAAGAAGCAGAUGGCUUGGUUUUAUUUAGCUCUGGGAGUCAGGGAGGGUUUGUUGCUAUAGAGAUCAGAGAUGGUUACCUGGUGGCCACAGUGGGGAAUGGAGAGGGGAGUAAGACUGAGCUCCACUCCUUAUCACACCUCCACAGUAACCCCUCAUGGUACCCCAUCCAGCUGCACCUGCUGCCCCGGAGGGUCCAGCUGAAGGUGGGGGCGGAGAUGAUUCGAGCCAACCUGAGCGUGGAGCUUCAGUCCAUCCAAAUGAAAGGGCCUCUGUUCCUUGGAGGGUUGGAUGAACAAGCGAGGGGGGAGGCCAGGCGAGCAGGGCUACUGUCCGCCCCGCCAGAGGGGCAACUGGCCAGAGGAGGGGGCUCUUUUAAAGGGUGUCUCAGAGAAAUAAGGGUAAAUGGUCAAAGAACAGGCUUCCCUCACGCUACCGUCACCAAGGAUAUCUCUGUUGGUUGUGACACAGAGCUAACUACGGUGAUGAUGAUUACCACCACCGACGCUCCAGACAGUCCUGGGAUGGUUUUAACCACACCUCAUUCAUUCAGUAGCAACAGGAAGAACCCCAAUUUUCUGAUGCUGCGGACGCUGGAAGUAACAGAGGGAGGCCGGGCACCGCUGGAACCCAAACAUAUUAAGGUGAACCUAGAUUUUCGUAAACUGGACAUCCACCCAUCCCAGCUAAUGUUCCGUAUCGAGGCGCAGCCCAUCCACGGUCAUCUCAGACUGGACCUGGGCCCAAACUCUGACGGGCUGUUUAACGAGGGGCUGGAGAGGAUCAUAACAUUAGGGGCAGAGGAGAAAGACCGGACUUUCAGUAUGGUGGACCUGUGGCAGGGCCGGGUGAUGUACGUUCACAGCGGCUCAGAGGACCAGAGCGACUUCUUCAUGUUUUCAGUGUUCAGCAGCAACAAGAAGGAGCUUCCUGUUCUCCUGAAAGGCAGCCGUCUGCACCGCUUUGACAUCAGCAUCAGUCCUGUGAAUGACGCGCCUGUGCUCAGUCUGCCGGAGGGAAACCUGUUCACUGUUCUGGAAAACUCCAAACGACAGCUGACAACAGAUUUGCUGAGAGUGUCGGACCCGGACAGCGGUCUUGCGGACUUGGUGUUCAGCUCCCUGGGAAACCUGAACACUGAGGCCGGGUACCUCGAACACCAGGAUUACCCCGGAAGGGCCAUUAACUUGUUCUCAUGGCAUGAUCUGGAGGAGGAUAAGAUCUACUUCGUCCACAGUGGGGCUCCUACCUCCAGACUUGGACUAAGGGUUAGCGACGGACAGAAGGUGAGCAACACCGUAGUUUUGAGGAUCAUGGCUGUAGCGCUUGAACACAAACUGGUGAACAAUACGGGCUUGGAGGUGAGCCAAGGAAGAGCUGCAGUCAUUUCAACCAGUCACCUCGCAGUACAACUUAAUGUACCGGACCAGGCAGUAGAAGUCCGUUACGACAUUAUUCAGCCGCCACAGUACGGCGAGCUCCAGCGGCUGCACUCGAGCGGUGACUGGAAACCGAUCAUUGCCUUCAGUCAGAAACUUCUAGAGAAGGAACGCAUCAGAUACCUCAACACGUACCACGGCCUUCAGACUCAUAGCAACGUUACCGAUCACUUCAAAUGCAAAAUCAGCAUCGGUUCACUGGCUACAGAGGAGGUUGUGUUCCGCAUCGUGGUGCACUGGAUCCACUUCAAGGUAACACGAAGCAAGACUGAGCUCAACGGUGUCCACGAGGCUGUUUUCACUUCUGAGGACCUUCACGCCAUUUCCAAGGGUGUCAAACUCAAUGAAAGUGAGCUCUACUUCCGGCUCCUAACGGUUCCUAAAAAAGGACAGCUUUACCUCGACGACCAAGUCCUACAUAGGAGCUCAACCUUCAGCCAGAAGAACAUCUCAGAUGGUUUGGUAAAAUACGAGCUCCUCAGUCGGGUCCACGAUGACACCAGAGACACGUUCAGCUUCCAGGUGUUUUCACAACAGGCGAACUCCACAAGCUACGACUUCAGAAUUAACAUCAGAGCAGAGUCCAACGCCGUCACGGUGGUAAAUAAAGGCCUCUCAGUCCUGGAGGGGGGACGGAAAGUCAUCACUAAAGAUGUCCUGUUCACUCACACGGCAAGUAACCGGGAGGUGGAGUACAGCAUCACAGCGAGUCCAAGACACGGACACAUACGAAGGAUCAACCUGUCCAAUUCAACCUCCAUCAAUGACCACGUAGUGACGUUCACCAAUCAGGAUAUCAUGGAGGAGAGGAUUAUGUAUGUUCACGAUGACAGUGAGACCAAGCAGGACUCGUUCACGUUCCAGAUCUUGGUUUUCAAACCGCACAAACACACCAGCAAGAAGGAGGACAGACACCCGGACGAGCACAUGUUUAAUAUUUCGGUGCAGCUCGUCAACGAUCAGAGACCUGUCAGGGUGGUCGAUAAGGUUUUCCAUGUGGCACGUGACGGUCAGAAGUUGGUGACUGUCAAUGAUCUUCGUUACCGGGAUGACGACUCAGACUUUGAGGACAGCUGGUUGGUUUACACACGGAGGGGGAUCCCAAUGGGGGAUCUGGUGCUCUCCAACGAUACCAAUCACAAGCUCUAUGAGUUCACACAGCGGGACCUGGAGCAGAAAAAGGUCCUGUUUGUCCACAGAGGAGUGAGUUUUGGCCGUUUUGUGCUUUUUGUGACUGAUGGGAAGCAUUAUGUUUCGACGCUGCUGGAGGUGAUGGCUCAGGAUCCUUACCUACAGGUGGAAAACAACACAGGCCUUAUGGUCCAGCGUGGCGGAAUGACACCCCUAACUUCUACCAACCUCAGCGUCUUCAGCAAUCUUGACAUCCGAGACCCGCAGGAAGUGACAUAUGAGGUCUUCAUCCUGCCUAAACAUGGCGUCCUCUGCUUUAACGAUAAGGACCGCGAUACUAUCACAGAAGAAGAUGCAAUUUCCAUAUUCACCCAGAGGGACUUGGUAGCGGGUCGCCUGGCGUAUCACCACGACGGCAGCCACGAUUUGUCAGAUGUGUUCAAUGUGACGGCGAGAGCAAGAGAAAGGACCACAGAGCGGCGAUCAGAUGCAGGGAGGAGAGAAGUCCACCUGGACAUAGGAGUGUCUGUGAAAAUCUACCUGGAGAGUCACCAGAGGCCGCCGACAGUCCUGAGUAACAGUCCACUGGUGGUGGCAGAGGGACACAACGCCACCAUCAGCAAGGAACAUUUAGAGGUGGUCCAUGAAGACAGUCAGCCAUCAGAAAUAGUUUUUACUGUCCAAACACCCCCCUCAAUGGGCUUCCUGCGGAGGAUUUCCCGUGACAAGAGGCAUAGAAAGAACAACGGAGACCAGCACUAUCAACACUUCUACCAGGGAGUGACUGAGCCAACAACAACCUCCUUUAGCCAAGAGGACCUCAACCGGGGACUGAUUGUCUACAGUCAACAGGCUGCAGGACAAACCAAUGACUCCAUUCUACUGGAGGCCACCAACGGGGUCACAAAGGUCGGGCCUAUCAGGCUGGAGAUCGACAUCAUCCCCAUCCUCCUCCCUCUGCAGGUGGCUGAUUUGACACUUGACGAGGGCUCAUCCCUGCCAUUGACCACUGACAUUAUUAAAGUGGCCAAUCAUCACUUUUCUGGAAUGAACUUCCUGUACCAGGUCAUCACUCCACCACGACACGGACACCUGGAGCACAACAGGAUCCCUGGGAUGCCCAUCACAGCCUUCACUCACACUGAGCUGGAGCGCGAGUACAUCUCGUACAUCCACGACGGCAGUGAGACGUUGAGCGACAACUUCACCAUCGUGGCCAAUCAGACUGAAAUCAGGAAGCACAGUCUGCCCUGCACCGCCCAUAUUGACGUCAUACCUGUUAACGACGAGACUCCAGUCGUUACAACAAACCAGGGACUGAAGGUGUGGGUGGGUUCAGUGACAGAAAUAUCCAUUAAUGAUCUUAGCGCCGAGGAUUCUGACUCUCCUCCUGAAGGGCUGGAGUUUGUCAUCACACCACCCAGCAACGGCCACUUGGCUCUGAGGAGCGCCCCCUCCAGGCACAUCCUGAACUUCACCCAGAGCCACAUCGAUAGUGGACAGCUGGUGUUUGUCCACAGUGGUGCUUUGACAGGCGGCUUUCACUUCCAAGUAAACGAUGGCGUGAACUUUGCCCCUCGUCAGAUUUUCAGCACCACUGCUCAUUCCCUGGUCCUCACCCUGCAGAGGAACCAUCCGCUGGAGGUCUACCCAGGUUCUGUCACACCAAUCACAGAGCAGGAGCUGCAGGUUGUAACCAGUGAUGACAGCCACAUCAAAAGAAACCACUCGGUGGUGUUUGCACUCACUGCUCCUCCUAAACUCGGUCGCCUGGUCCGCCGAAUGCCAGACAACUCCACACAAAACAUUACAACCUUCACUCAGAGCAUGGUGAAUGAGGGAGUUAUCCUGUAUGACCAGAAUAAGCCGGAGUCGGUCGGAUGGUCGGCUGCAGACGUUUUCACUUUCACCGUAUCUUCACCUCCUGCUUUCCUCCCUCCACACACCUUCACCAUCUUAGUCUCUUUUCAGGCCAAUGAACAUCAUGACCAUCCGUACAGGACCAGACUGCUGAACAAUGCAGGUGCUGUUGUGGCCGAAGGAGGCAGAGUUACAAUCGACAGAUCCAAACUCGAUGCCUCCAACCUUCUGGGGAAAUUACCAGAACCCCAAAGGAAAGACCACCACAUCAUGUACCGUGUUAUUUCACUGCCUCAGCACGGAGCUCUGUCUAUACGAGGACACAACCUGUCCAGGGUCCAUCCAGAUUUUUCCCAGGCCACCCUAAACAAAUUCGGCAUCACAUACGUCCAUGAUGACUCUGAGACGACAAACGACAGCUUCACGUUCCGUGCUUGGGUGGCUCCUUUGGAUUUCUCCUCCUCUUCCUCUUCCUCCUCCUCCUCCUCUUUCUCUUCCUCGUCCACCUUCUCCGCGUACUCCUCAGAUUCCUCCUCUUCCUCCUCUUCCUUCUCUCCUCUUUAUUCAGCCUCAUCCUCCUCCCCUUCAUCAUCAGAUCAGGUUUCUCAUCGUCGCACUAAGAACAGCAUGGCAGUGACAGAGAUGUUCAACAUCACAGUGACGCCGGUCAACGAUCAGCCGCCGCUCAUCAGGAGCCGAUCUCCGAGCAUGAAGGUCGUGAUUGGAGAGAGGGUUGUCCUUGGACCAGAUAAUCUACAGGUGGAGGACCAUGACACCCCACCAGAAGAGCUGCACUACCUUGUAAUCAGUAAACCCAACAAUGGCUACCUGACACUGGGGGAAAGACCAGAGCCAGUGACCUCCUUCACCCAGUACGACGUCAACCACGGCCGGCUGCACUUCACACAGCAGGGUGAACCAUCGACCGGCGUUUUCUACUUCAAUGUGACUGAUGGUCAUCACCGUCCACUCUACAAACUGUUUAAUUUGGAGGUGAUUAAGCCAUCUGUCUCCAUAGUGAACAACACCGGCCUGUCAUUGGUCCAAGGCAGGACCGCUGUUGUCUUGACAACCAACCAGUUGGCAGCACAAACCAACGGCCGCAGCCAGGCCAACGUCACCUACACCGUCACCGCACACCCUCGUCACGGCCGCAUUGCCAUCAACGACCAUGAGGUCACAACGUUCUGCCACGAGGACCUACAGUUUGGUCGUGUUGUGUAUCACAUGACUGAUCUGAGCGAAUCAGAGGACAGCUUCCAAAUCUCAGUUUCAGCCUGGUCACAUGGUGUUGACUACGGAAACGUCACCGGACAGACUGUGAAUGUGACUGUGCUGCCUCUGAUCUACCUGAGGGAGCCGGUCCGAGUACCCAGCGGCAUCGCUGUCAAACUGGGGAAGGCCAUGAUCGAUGCGUCUGAACUGGCCAGAAUCAGCCGAGUCAACCCAGUGUUUGAGGUUCUGUCUCCACCAAAACACGGAAAACUAGUCAAGAUGACCUCUGACCCUAACCGAGCAUCUGAGGUCCUGAAGUCAUUCACCUUUCGAGAUGUGGUCCAAGGCCGGGUCGCUAUCGAGGAGACUCUGAGUGACAGCGACAACCAAAGCCAGAAUAACAAAUCAGGGCUCACGACGGCACGAGGCCACGCCCCCGCUACGCCACUCAAUGACUCCUUCAUCUUCCUGUUAAAGGCUGGAAACAUCCCCCCGGCUAAAGGUGAGCUGCACUUCACCAUCUUUCCACACCACCAGAUGCACCACGGUCAGAGCGGUUCGAAUAAAGCGGACGGUGCCAGUCGAGAACACACCACCACCCGACUGCCCACGCACAACAAGACGACCACCGGGAGAGAGGAGGUGGAGGUGGAGGUGGGCGAGGGGGGGGGGUCCACCACGGCGCACAGCGGGGUCAAUAUGCACCCUCACAUUCUGUCGCAUAAGCACCACAACAGGACGCAACACAAGCCGAGGCCUCACCACCGCUGGGGGAACCACACGCACCGCUCCCACCACGGAGGACGGUCAGGAGGAGGUGGAGAUGGACCGGGUCACGCCCAAGGCCAGCAACCCCAAACCCCCUCCAACCCCGUGAAACAACAUCCCGAAAACCCUCCUGACACUCAUCUUGUUCACUUCGAGAUCCUCCCACGCCCCGCUUCGGACCCCCUCCUCAUUAUCCUGCCGCUGUUGGCCUGUUUGCUCCUCAUCAUAAUCCUCGUGGUUCUGAUUCUGGUCUUCCGUCAUCGUAAGGAGAAGCAGGCCCAGAUCCGGCUCAUCCAGGAGCUGGCGGCCGUGGCGGUACCCGCGGAGGGCAGCCCUUACGCGGGUCGCCCAGAGCGGAGCGUCGCCAUGCCUUCGGUGGUCGUCACCCCGCUGGGCGCUGCCAGUUGCCCUACUUCACCCAGAGUACCCAUCAGCCCCAGGAGGAGGAGCCUGGCCCCCGGGAUGACAUUCUGGGGUCCAGUCGAAGAGGACGGCAUCGUUAGAGACAGACGUAGUCAAGAGAAAGAGAAUGUACCUCAUAGGAAUUCUCUUCAGGCUUCAGGAGGAAAAACCCCUUUGAAGUCCCCCACUCCGACGCUUAAAAAACGCCAGUACUGGGUCUGAGCCGUAGAAUCGGAAGAAAAACUGUGCCUUAGAAGUGUACACCCCUGUUCUAAAUGAUGUACUCGGCAGGUACAUCUGUGGUCGACUAAGGCACAUCUGAGACAACCAAAAUAUGGACGUUUUUGAAAGAAGAAUCUGAACGUUGUGAUAGGGUAGAAACUUAAAAAGGGAACAGACAAAAAAAAAAAAAAAAAAUGACCAUGUUCUCCCUGAAUCACAAAGAAAUUAAAAGUAAAACUAGCAAGAAAAAUAGUUUUGUUACCUGCAAUAAAAAACACAAAAACUACAUGAAAAAUUAUGGUGCAACACGGAAUAAAAUGAUGUAGAGUUGCACAUAAAAUCAAUUUGUUUUUGUUUUCUCUUAAUGUUCAUGGUGUCUUUGCACACUUCAAUAACUAAUGAAACAGUCAGUACAAAACUAAAACUACUUAUGCACUAGAAACCAAGACUCAAUCAAAAACUAAGCUAAAAGACUAA